AUGCACACAGCCCGACAAAGUCACACAGCAACCUCAUUACCAGAUGGAAAAGUGUUGGUAACUGGUGGCCAAGGCAGUACUUUCACCGCAGUAAAUAGUGCCGAACUGUUUGAUCCAGUCGCACAAACAUGGACAACAACUACUAACAACAUGAAUUUUGCACGGCAGUAUCACACUGCAUCGGUAUUAAGUGAUGGAAAAGUAUUGGUAACUGGUGGCGCCGACAGUAGUGGCACUGCAGUAAAUAGUGCCGAACUCUUUGAUCCAGUCGCACAAACAUGGACAACAACUACUAACAACAUGAAUGUUGCACGGCAGUAUCACACUGCAUCGGUACUGAGUGAUGGAGAAGUAUUGGUAACUGGUGGCGUCGACAGUAAUGGCAAUGCACUAAACAGUGCCGAACUGUUUGAUCCAGUGGCCCAAACAUGGACAACAACUACUAACAACAUGAAUGUUGCACGGCAGUAUCACACUGCAUCAGUAUUAAGUGAUGGAAAAGUGUUGGGUGCAGGAGGAAGCUAUGGUUAUUCAUUGAACUGGCACAGCAAUUUUCGUUACAGUAGAAAUUUUGAUUACAUUAACCCCUUAGCUGUUAUGUUUUUUUCGCUAACUAAAAGUCGUUUUUUCAUAAAUUUUACCAAUCUAUAG